GCUGCUUAUUAGACGUCACCAACAGAUAGCCGACAGCACAGAAAGCUUGAUCGGAACGAUGUAUAGUCAGGAAAAUAAAAUCAUCUUUUCAUCAUUAGUUUGGUUCAAGGACCCCAGUGACUUAGAAUAUUUUAAAGUCAGUGUGUCCUAUUCAAAUGCACGCAAAUAGAGGUUUUAGAGAUACGACCUCGUUUCGUUGUACAUGUCUCCGGUCUCUAUUUGAAUUGCAGGUGCGCUCCCGUGUCUGUUUGUUUAGGGAAAUCACUGCAGCAGCCCCACCUGGCUUCACCUCCCCACCUGGCUUCACCUCCAACGAACUUCAACUGACAACAUUCAGGCACAUGGUGAUGUGUAGCCAAGAUCUUCAUCUCAAAGUCAACGGGUCAUUAAUAGCUGUGCUCCUACACUGUGACUGUGACCAGGCCAUGAAGGAGUGUGAGUUCUCAGAGAAAGAAAAUGAGUUUCGGGGCGAGCUGGUGAACCAGCGGUGGACGCGAGGCGAGAGGACCAGCAGCCGCUGUCAGGCCUCCCAGAGACUGCAGAGCCGUCGACCAAUCAUGAUGAGUGUAGAGGGCGAUGACAAGCGGGCUCGCACCCGGUCCAAGGGCAUCAGAGCUCCUAUUGAGCUCGCAGGACAGGAGCUGAGCUGCCCCACCCCUGGAUGCAAUGGCUCUGGCCAUAUCAGUGGGAGAUACUCACGACACAGAAGUGUUUUGGGGUGCCCCAUAGCCAGAAAGCGCCGUCUAGAAGAAGCAGAGGCUGAGCAGGAAACAGAGCGGCCUGCCUCGAAGAGAAAGUCCCACCCCCUGAAACUGGCCCUGGAUGAGGGCUUCAGCACAGAAAGUGAUGCCAGCAGCGAGGCUGAGGGCGAUGGAGAGAAGGAUGCAGAAAAAGCAGGAGAAACCAAGGUGGAGGAGGAGCAGGAGGAGAUGAAGACAGCUGUAGAGGAGGAGAGAGAGGAGAUGAGAGGAGACUUGCAGGAUGGAGAGACAAAUGUACAGAAACUGGAGACACACGGUCAACAAAAAGAGGAGGAAGAGGAGGACACAUAUCAGAAAGAGGAGAACACAUUUGUAACUGGGGAAGAGGAGGAGUGCGUGAUCAUCGAGCCUGAGCUCAGAGCAGCGCCACCUGCAUCUGAGGAGUGUCAGUCUCUUUUCCAGAGUGCAGAAGAGGUAGCAAACUCUCUCCUCCACCUCGGCCGUGUCUCUAACAACAAUGUUCCAACUGUGGCCAUUCAGCAGUCUGUUGCUAUGGAGACUGGGGAGCAUGUCACUGUGGCAGCCGAAGGGGAUGAAGAAGGACAGAAUGAGCAGGAGGUUGGCAUGAAUGAGAGCAAUGAGGAAGAGGAGGAGGUGGCAGAUCGAAAAGUUCAAGUACUGGAGGAGUCAUCUGUCCUGCAGAAGGAGGCAGUUGAAGUGGAGGGCGAGGAGGUGGAGGAUGAGCAAGGAGAGAGUGAAGACAGAAGCAACCAUGUGAGCCCGGAGAUACACCAGUAUCUGACUGAACAUAUCCACCAUGAACAGGUCAGAGAUGAGGAGGAGGAGGUAGAGGAGGAAGACAUGGCAGUGCCAGCACAGCAGAGGCGCACAGACGAGGGGGAUGAAGAGAAAGAUGAAGAGGACUACAGGGACCAUGUUCUGCCCAUUUCUGAUGUGCCAUCUGCCAUCCGCACCAUCACCAGCACCACAGCAGCUCAGGGAACACACAUUAAGACUGAAGAUCCCAGGGCCAGUCCUGUGGAGGACUACAGCUCACACAGGGCAAGUCCCACCGACAAAUGUGACUCUCAUAAAACUAGCCCACUUCAAAACUACAAGGCCAGCCCUCCUUUAAGCUACAGCUCCCACAGGGCCAGUCCGCUGGAGGACUACUAUCCCAGCCCCAGAGGUGAGAACUAUAAAAUCCACAAAGCCUCAUCUUCAGCUUCUCCUGACAUUAUUGAAGUGAGAUCCGAUAAGUCAGAGGAGAAGGAUUUCGAUGACAUGGACGGUGACGACGAGCGUGACGAUGAAGACAGCCUGUCACAGCGUUCCACAGUGACGGACGAGUCAGAGAUGUUUGACAUGACCCGAGGGAACCUGGGCCUACUGGAGCAAGCCAUUGCUCUGAAGGCAGAGCAGGUGAAGCCAGCUGGGCCCAGAGAGCUACUCCCCGCCCCAGAUCUCCACCACCAGAGAUACUUCACCAUGGAUGACAGGCCCAAGCACCUGGAGGUCAUCCGCAAGAGCUACUUCAGCAAAGAGAGCAGCAGGUCAGAGAAGCGGGAGAUCAAGUGUCCCACCCCGGGCUGUGAUGGGACAGGUCACGUGACCGGUCUUUACCCCCACCACCGCAGCCUGUCAGGCUGUCCGCACAAGGACAGGAUCCCCCCGGAGAUUCUGGCCAUGCAUGAGAAUGUGCUGAAGUGUCCAACUCCUGGCUGCACCGGUCAGGGCCACGUUAACAGCAACCGUAACACACACCGCAGUCUUUCUGGAUGCCCCAUCGCUGCUGCAGAGAAGCUGUCCAAGACCCACGAUAAGCAGCAUCUCCCUCAGCCAGGCAGCGAGCACCUCAAAGGAAGUCCCAAUGACAGAGUGUUAAGGCCUAUGUGCUUUGUCAAACAACUGGACUAUCCACAGUAUGGUUACAAGAACAAUGUUUCCACCAGCACGCCGCGCUCCAACCUGGCCAAGGAGCUGGAGAAGUACUCCAAGGUGUCCUUCGAUUAUGCAAGCUUUGACGCUCAAGUGUUUGGGAAGCGCAUGCUUGCUCCAAAGAUGCCCACCAGCGAAACCUCACCCAAAGCCUUCAAAACAGCUAAGCUGUCAUUCCCCAAAUCAUCGUCGCCCAGCCUCAGUCUCCACGGUUAUGGGAAGAGCUCCACCUCGGCUUACGACUACUCCCACGAUGCCGAGGCCGCGCACAUGGCUGCCACUGCCAUCCUCAACCUGUCCACUCGUUGCUGGGAGAAACCUGAGAACCUCAGCACCAAACCGCAAAACAAGGAAAUGGACAUUGAGGUGGAUGAGAAUGGCACCCUGGACCUGAGUAUGAAGAAACCUAUUAAACGAGAAGGCAGUCUGUCCGGCACUAGCCCUGGGGUUCGGUCUCCAGACCCCUCUUCCUCGUCCUCUUCCUCGCUCCAUCAUGGUGGAAGCAGCGGAAUGACAUCGCCGAACCUACAAACCUACAAGCAAGAGGACUGGGAGGGACCGCUGGAUUACACCAAGCCCAACCGCCAAAGGGAGGAGGAAGUGGAGGAGAUGGAGCACACUGGCCAGUCUUUCGUCUCAUCUGACCCAGAGGACUGUGACAUGAUGCAGGACUGUCUGGAGGAAAGGAAGUACCCAGGGGAGGUCACAACCCCAAGCUUCAAGGUCAAAUUCCAGCCCAAGGACAGCAAAAAAGAGCUGCUUUCGUGCCCUACACCUGGUUGUGAUGGCAGUGGCCACAUCACAGGAAACUAUGCAUCCCAUCGCAGUCUGUCUGGGUGUCCUCUCGCUGAUAAGAGCCUUCGGUCCCUCAUGGCGGCCCACACCCCUGAACUCAAAUGCCCCACUCCAGGAUGUGACGGAUCAGGUCACAUCACAGGAAACUACGCCUCCCACAGAAGUCUCUCUGGGUGCCCACGUGCCAAGAAAAGUGGAAUUAAAACUCCUACCAAGGACAACCAGGAGGACUCGGAGCUUUUAAAAUGCCCGGUGCCGGGCUGUGACAGCCUGGGCCACAUCAGUGGGAAGUACGCCACGCACCGUAGCGCCUACGGGUGUCCGCUGGCAGCCCGCAGACAGAAGGAGGGACUUCUGAAUGGCACGCCCUUCAACUGGAAGGCCUUCAAGACGGAGGGACCAACAUGUCCCACCCCAGGCUGUGAUGGCUCCGGACAUGCUAACGGGAGCUUCCUCACACACCGCAGCCUCUCGGGAUGCCCCAGAGCCUUGUAUGCCAAGAAGAAGGCCAAGUUCCCCACAGAGGACUAUCUGACCACCAAGUUCAGAGCCAGUGAUGUUUUAGAAAGUGAUGAGGACAUCAAGCAGCUCAACAAAGAGAUUAAUGACCUCAACGAAUCCAACAAUGAAAUGGAGGCUGACAUGGUCAACCUGCAGACUCAGAUCUCCUCCAUGGAGAAGAACUUGAAGAGCAUUGAGCAUGAGAACAAGAUGAUCGAGGAGCAGAAUGAGGCUCUGUUCAUGGAGCUAUCAGGUCUCAGCCGGGCCCUGAUUCGCAGCCUGGCUAACAUACGCCUGCCGCACAUGCAGGAGCCAAUCACCGAACAGAACUUUGACAGCUACGUGAGCACCCUGACCGAUAUGUACACCAACAAAGACUGCUUCCAGAGCCCUGAGAACAAGGCUUUGCUGGAGAGCAUCAACAAAGCUGUGAAGGGCAUCAAAGUGUGAGGCUCAACACGCACACGCACACGCACUAACACACUAACACACACACACACACACACACAGAAAGCAAACUGUCCUGAAGCGCAGGAGCGUGUCAGAGUUGGAGAUGGAGGGGCUGAGAGAUGAAGGAGAAUACUCUACAAUAUAUAGAAAUAUGAUUCAAAAACAAGAAGGGAAUUCAGGUUAUUUAAAUAAAUGGCAACUUUAAAAAAAUCAACCCAGGGAGCACUCUGUAAGAAGAAAAGUGACGCGGACCAAAAUCCACACCAUGCUGCUGCUGGGAUGAGGAGGAGGAAACAGAUCCUUCAGUCACAAUGGAUGGAAAAGAUGAAUAAUGUUACUAGAAACUGUAUCUGGGGGAUUUCAUAUGCUGUAUGCUUACCUGUUGUCUUUUUUGUGACCUUAACUGUUUUUGGAGAAGGUUUCACUGUUAUUUCGUGUUUCACCCCAAAUAAAACUUGGCAGAAUGUGAACAUAGCAUUGCUCACAGGUGCUCGGAGACGUGGAGAGGAAGACAUAGACGAGUUAAAGACUCUCAGUGAGAUCCUGUAGCAUUCAACGUGGCGAGUGUAUGCGUUGGCUGGCUCCAAAAGCUGUCUGAUCCAUGACCGCACAUACCCCAGCAAUAUGAAGUGUGCACUAAACUGAAUUUGUGUUUGCUUUGCUGUAUUACUGUGGCAACAGCGCAAUGUUGACACAGUUCAGCAGG